AGCGCCUUCCCAGCACAGUCGGCCUGGGCUGCUGCUGAAGGAGCUGGUGGGGAGGAGGAGGAGGAGAUCGGCGCUGGCAGCCCCGGCGUGCGCCUUCCCCGGCAGCAUCGCUGGAGCCGCCCUGCUGCCCGCGCCGCCCGGCCCCGCCGCCGCGCAAGAUGAAAUCUUCUGACCUCGACCAGGAGCUGUUCACUGAGAGCUACUGCAAAGUGUGCAGCGCUCAGCUCAUCUCCGAGUCGCAGCGCGUGGCCCAUUACGAGAGUCGGAAGCAUGCCAGCAAGGUUCGCCUCUACUACAUGCUGCACCCCAUCGACGGAGGCUGCCCGGCUAAAAAGCUCCGCUCAGAAAACGGCAGUGACGGUGACUCAGUGGAUAAGAACAAAUGCUGCACACUAUGUAACAUGUCCUUUACCUCAGCAGUGGUGGCUGAAUCGCAUUACCAAGGGAAAAUCCAUGCCAAAAGGUUAAAACUGUUGCUAGGUGAACAACCAGCACUAAAGGCCACAGACAGCCCCCUGAGCUCCCUGAAGCAGGCUCACACGGAGGGGGCGGCGGCAGUGCCCUCCCCGCAGCAGCGGCGGGACUCGGACCGGUACUGCCAGCUCUGCGCCGCCUGGUUCAACAACCCCCUGAUGGCUCAGCAGCACUACGACGGCAAGAAGCACAAGAAGAACGCGGCCAGGGCUGACCUCCUGGAGCAGCUGGGGAAGACCCUGGACCUGGGAGAGCUGCGAGGCUUGAAGCGCAGCUACACCUGCAGCACCUGCAGCGUCACCCUCAACUCCAUAGAGCAGUACCACGCGCACCUGAAGGGCUCCAAGCACCAGACCAACUUGAAGAACCAGUAGUAGUUCAUCCCUGGGGACAAGGAGCACCACCGAGGAGCUGCUCAGCCCAGAGGGGCUGCUCUUGGACACUGACCCCGUGGGGACUCAAUAACUAACCUGUAACUAACCCUUGCUUUGGACAGACACCUGGGAAUUGGGUUUUUUUUCCUUUUAUCUUUUUCUUUCUUUUCUUUUUUUCCUUCUCCUUUCCCAAUUUUGUGGUGAGUUAAAAUAUUUCAAUGGGUUUUUUUACCCUGUCGAGAGCAUAUUUAUUCAGCACAGAGCCCAGGGUAUGAUAACUCCCCUGUAAAUACAGCACUUAAUCAUCACUCAUCUUCAGAGACAGUUGGAAGCAAAAUAUUUUACUUUGGGGGGGUAUUUAUUCUUAGGUUUCCCCCCCUCCCAGAGUAUAAAAUGAUCCUGUUCCAUGAUCCAUGAUAGUGAUGUAAUCAGUCUUCAAUCAGAAAUAAACAGACUUCCUUCACCUUC